GGAUCCGGUGUGCCCUGUUAGCUUUUAGCUUAACCCGCUUUAACAUGAGUUUUGUUGGUUUGUCGCAGUUUUUACCUGUUCAGGUGAAUUACGGUAGGGUCAGUGUCAGAUUCGGUGCGGUGGACGGAUUUAUUUAAAUGGACGUACUGCGGGCGGGUUGACGGCGGCUGGAGGCUGAAAGCAGGGAGAGUGUGGAGGAGAGGAGGCGGUGGUGUUGGCGGUGUUGUACGUAUGGGCAGCAGCUGGAGGUGGCAGCUCUCACGGGCCAUGCGACUAGUGCUACGCUGGUGUCUACCAUGCCAAAAGUGGAGAGAAAGCCGUGGUGUGGGACCCAAACUGUGGAACAGUGGCUGGUUCUCGGCAUGGUGGAGCUACAGCAAGGUGCUGCUCAAAUCUCUGUAUUACAACAGUCUCACCGACUCGGACACUCUGCUGGACUGUGCUUUCGAACCCAUCUACUGGAUCGUGGACAAUGUCACCCGUUGGUUUGGAGUGGUGUUUGUCUCUCUGGUUGUCCUGCUGAUGACCUCAGUGCUGGUUAUCGUUUACCUGUGCCUUCUACCCACAAUCCUCAGCACCUACCCCGUGCACUGGAUCGUCUGGCACGUCUGCUGCGGCCACUGGCUGCUCGUUAUGGUGGUGUUCCAUUACUACAAGGCCACCACCACCUCGCCAGGACACCCGCCCAAGGACAAUGUUCACAUUCCCUCAGUGUCUAUCUGUAAGAAAUGCAUCACUCCAAAACCUCCCAGAACGCACCACUGCAGCAUCUGCAACGUGUGCAUUUUGAAGAUGGACCACCACUGUCCCUGGUUGAACAACUGCGUUGGGCAUUUCAACCAUCGCUACUUCUUCUCCUUCUGCCUCUAUAUGACGCUCGGCUGCAUCUACUGCAGCGUCAGCAGCAGGCACAUGUUUGUGGACGCCUACAAUGCCAUUGAGAGUUCCUAUCAGGCCACGCCUCCAUCCUACACCUUCAGAGAAAUGACCACUCACAAGAGUAUCAUCUUCCUCUGGGUACUGACAAGCUCGGUGGCAGUAGCUGUGGGAGGGCUGACCCUAUGGCACGCAGCGCUCAUCAGCAGAGGGGAAACGAGCAUAGAACGUCACAUCAACCGCAAAGAGACCAAAAGACUCAAAGAGAACGGGAAGGUUUUCAGAAAUCCGUGUCAUCACGGUAAAAUGAACAACUGGAAGAUGAUGUUCGGUGUGGAGAAAAUCAGUCACUGGUUUACGAGGGUCCUCUUGCCCUCCGGCCAUCUUCCCAGUGGCGACGGCAUCGCGUGGGACUGCACCUUCACCCGACGCGACCCGAUGGCCAUCUGACCCUUUUAACCUCGCCAGUGUCGGCGUGCACUCGUGUGUCGCAACAUGACUGAUGUGAGCUUUGAUGGUGCAGCCAGACUGCAGACAUAACCACCCGUGACUCCUCAGGAAACCUCGCCACCAUCUGGCGUUACUCUGCAACUGCAGCCAGCGCCGCCCCAAGCGAACGGUGCUGCUGGACAGCAACGCUUCAAACCCUCUCCUCUGUAAACACAGGACAUGAAGACGGCAUUAUGUGUUGACUUUUUAAACAGGACUGUGGCCUGAGGUGAUUGGCUGCUGCUGUCUUACUCCGCCCACCCAUAUGAUAAAUGCUCCAGUUGUUCAAAUUAAGACACUCAUUUUUUUUUUUUCAUCAGCUUGUGAGGAAAACACUUUUAUUUUUUGAUUUAUAACAUCAUCUGAUCUUUUUCUACUCUUUGCUAUGUUUUCUUUAACUUUUUUAUUAAAUUGUGGUAGUUUAGAAAUGUGCACAUUUAUUGACAGACGUGUCAAAGUUUACACCACCGCUUUUUUAAACUAAGUGCAGUUGUCAGGUGUGGCUUUUGUACAUAGACUAGGUUGAGAUGGUGCCAAGAGAGAAAAGUUUGAUCCAUAGAUUUUAAUAUCUGAUUUGAAUCCAUCUAUUUAAAAUUAUGUGCUCAUGAAUUAUUGGCUGCCGUGUCCAGCCUGUAAUAAUAAAGUGCAAAGUGCUGCAA